AACUAGUUAGGCACCAAUUCCAUACUCUUGUGUCCAACACUAAAUGCAUUGAGUAUUGUGAAUAAUUCUCACAAGCCGCUGCAAAUGAAGUAAGUAUCUAAGUUCUGCAUUGGAAAAAUAAUCUAUUAGUCAGAAAAUAUUGUAAUUAUUGUGAAUAUUAGUGCUGCAUUUGAGUAAAAAUAAAAGAUAUGAAUAGAUCAACUAGCGGAAAGAAAUUGCAUUUUAAGCGUUGGGUUCCAAACUCGAACGUGCCAGUAAGGGCUCUUGUAUUUUUCUGUCAUGGUUGGUCAGAGCAUUCUGAUUGGUAUGACGGGUUAGGCGAUGUAUUAUCGUCCGAGGGUUUUUUAUGUGCUUCGCAUGACUGCAUCGGACACGGUUUGAGCGAGGGAGCUAGGGGUUAUGUAGAGAACAUUCAAGUUUUAAUUAAUGAUGUUAUAGCGCAUUGCAACCUUUUACGAUCCGAAUUUGGGGAUGACAAAAAAAUUUUUCUCUUUGGGCACUCAAUGGGAGGUCUAAUUUCAGCAAUGAUCGGAAUUGAAAAGCCUGAAAUUUUUGCUGGUAUCAUAUUAUCGGCACCGUACUUGAACGUUGGAACAGUUUCCUCGGUCACUGUGUUUUUGGGAAAGAUUGCGGCUUUCCUCCUUCCGAGAAUGAAAAUUUUACCGAGAAUGCAUCCUGACCAAUCCUAUAGAGAUCCUGAAGCAGUAAAACGAGUUUUGCAAGAUAAAUUGUACUAUAACGGCGGCAUACACGCUCAGACUGCGGCUCAAUUUUUACUUUUUACUAGCAUUGUUAAAGAUAGGAGGUCGGAAUUCAGACUGCCCGUUCUAUGUCUUCAUGGACAAAAAGACGUAGUUAUUGCACCUGAAUCAUCUAAAGAAUUUUUAGAAAAUUGUCAAUCGACCGAUAAGAAGAAAUCAGUUAAGGUUCAAGAGGGUAUGGAAGUGUCGACUAACGGCAGCAAACUCUUUACGAGAGAAUGGAUGCCCGAACCUUCAAGUGAUAUCCGAGCAAUAAUCUUCAUAUGUCACGGCUUUGCUGAACAUAGUGCUUGGUACGAAGAACUAGGUACGAUUCUCGCUACAGAUAGUUUUCUUUGUUCAGCACAUGACCAUUUUGGGCAUGGUAAAAGUGAUGGAAAGAAAGGACAUGUCAGUGACCUACAAAUUUUGGUAGAUGAUGUUAUUAGACAUUGCCGAGCUCUAAAAGAGAAACAUCAAAAGAAGCUAUUUGUAUUGGGCCACUCAAUGGGAGGCCUUUUAGCUAUAUUAGCGGCCUUAGAUCAGCCUCAACUAUUUGACGGCCUCAUUUUAAUUGCACCUUUUUUAAGACCUAUCAAUGUUCCUACGAUUAAAGUCGUCCUAGGCAGAAUGGUUUCAUACUUAAUGCCUAAUAUGAUUGUUCUGCCAGCUUUGGACGCAAAACUCAUUUCUAGAGAUGAAGUAGUAGUUGAGCAAUACCGCCAGGACGAAUUGAACUACCACGGUGGUAUAACUGCUAAAACAGGACAACAAUUUCUUUAUUAUCUUGAAAUAGUGGAAAGAAGUAUUGAUCAACUAAAAACACCAGUUCUCUGUUUACAUAGUAAGGGAGAUGAAGUUGUACCUGUUGAAUCAGCCAGACUAAUAAAAGAAAAAGCUACAAAAUGCGAAGAUAAGAGGAUUGUCGAGUUUGAGACAGGCUUUCAUCAACUGCAUCAUGAACUUCCUGAGAUUAAAAGUCAAGUUUUUAGCGAGAUUGCCUCUUGGCUAAAUAGUCGGACUUGA